UAUAAACAUGAACUAGGGUUUUCCUGUGUUCAGCACCACUCUGUACAAGCUCUCUCGCAUUCUCGUCUGAAGGUCCAACCUCCGACAAAGAGAGCCAUGUCUGUUGCAGUGGAACCAACGGCACCAACGGCACCAACGGUACCAAUUGAGCCUCACCUUGACGUGAAGCUGUUCAACCGCUGGAGCUUCGACGAUGUUCAGGUCAGUGACAUUUCACUGGCGGACUACGUUGGAGUUGCCCCAGCCAAGCAUGCAACUUAUGUACCUCACACUGCCGGGAGGUACUCAGUCAAACGAUUCAGGAAAGCCCAGUGCCCUAUAGUGGAGAGGCUUACAAACUCACUCAUGAUGCACGGCAGGAACAAUGGGAAGAAACUUAUGGCUGUAAGGAUCAUUAGGCAUGCAAUGGAAAUUAUCCAUUUGCUGACUGAUCAGAAUCCUAUUCAAAUUAUUGUUGACGCUGUUGUUAAUAGUGGUCCACGAGAAGAUGCAACUCGUAUUGGAUCUGCUGGAGUUGUUAGGCGUCAGGCUGUGGAUAUUUCACCUUUGAGACGCGUGAAUCAGGCUAUCUAUCUCCUUACAACUGGUGCUCGUGAAUCUGCUUUUAGAAACAUCAAAACUAUUGCAGAAUGUUUGGCCGACGAACUGAUUAAUGCUGCAAAAGGUUCAUCUAACAGUUACGCUAUAAAGAAGAAGGAUGAGAUUGAAAGAGUUGCCAAGGCCAACCGUUAAGGGGCUGCCGAAACCUAUGAGUAUCUUGUCAUUUGCUGUUCAAAGGAAGCUCCAAAUGAUCUCACUGUGCGAGCUCCUAUUUUUCAAGAUUUUUAGCUAGUUCUGUUUUGUUUCAUGAAAAAUGGCCGAUGCUUGUUUUUCUCAUAUUUUUUGUUUAAUUUCUAGGAUGUGACCAAGACAAUAUCGAGAAUUAGAAAAAAUAUGAAUGGAAGAACAGGAGUUACAAAUAUUUCUAAAA